AUGGUAAAGGAGACUGAAUACUACGAUGUGCUUGGGGUCAGUCCGACGGCCACCGAGGCCGAGAUCAAGAAAGCAUAUUACAUAAAGGCACGACAAGUUCAUCCAGAUAAAAACCCUAAUGAUCCUCAGGCGGCACAAAAUUUCCAGGCAAGUUUUCCCUCACCGAACUUUCAUGAUGUCUUGGGAGAAGCAUACCAAGUAUUGAGUGAUUCUACCCAGAGACAAGCUUAUGAUGCCUAUGGGAAGUCUGGAAUUUCAACUGAAGCGAUCAUUGAUCCUGCAGCAAUCUUCGCCAUGCUUUUUGGUAGUGAGCUUUUUGAGGAUUACAUAGGACAGCUCGCCAUGGCAUCUAUGGCGUCAAUGGACAUUUUCACAGAAGGGGAGCAAUUUGAUACCAAAAAGUUGCAAGAUAAAAUGAGGGUUGUUCAGAAGGAGAGAGAAGAAAGACUAGCAGAACUACUAAAAAAUCGACUCCACCAAUACAUUCAAGGAAAUAAAGAAGAGUUUGUUAAACAUGCCAAGUCUGAAGUAACUCGACUUUCCAAUGCAGCUUAUGGUGUUGACAUGUUGAACACGAUUGGCUACAUUUAUGCAAGACAAGCAGCCAAAGAGUUGGGUAAGAAGGCUAUAUACUUGGGUGUGCCGUUCGUUGCUGAAUGGUUCAGAAACAAAGGGCAUUUCAUCAAGUCCCAGGUGACUGCAGCAACAGGUGCCCUUGCCUUGAUCCAAUUGCAAGAGGACAUGAAAAAGCAGCUCAAUGCUGAAGGAAAUUAUACCGAGGAAGAGCUUGAAGUAUACAUGCAAACUCAUAAGAAGCUAAUGAUCGACUCCUUAUGGAAGCUUAAUGUAGCAGACAUUGAGGCUACUCUUUCCCAUGUUUGCCAGAUGGUUCUUCAAGAGAAUGGUGUCAGGAAAGAGGAGCUUCGUGCUCGAGCAAAGGGAUUGAAGACUCUUGGCAAAGUCUUUCAGAGAGUAACGUCGACCAAUGGAAGUGAGGGUGAAGCUGAUGUAGGCAGUGCCCUGCAUAAGUUGCACGGAAGUGACUCAAGCUAUGAAGCAUUUUCUCCUGGCUCAUCCCCCAAGUCUGGAACAACUGAGGGAUCUUCUUACAGCUCAUUGUUCUCACAGAGCCCGUACGUGGAGUCUCCACAGGUUGCUGGUGGCCAGUUUAACUACGACUUCCCGAGGCCAACAGCACCACCUGGUGCAAAUCGAUAUUCUUCAGCUGGCGGCCAGGGCACCAGUCAUUGAACGUACCAAUGGUAUAUGCUUGCAUAUCUGUCAAUAGUAUAUAUAGCUCAGAAAAGUUGCUGAUGCUAAUUUCCUGAACUGGCAUGCCUUUGUUUUAUCCAGCACUGCGAGGGUUUAGCGUGAACAGUGUUGUGCGCCCAUUUGAGAUCCCAGAAGCUCGAUGGCAAUAGUCUAGUUGUGUUUUUUUUGCUGGUAAUUUGUUUGGCAGUGCAUGUAUUAUUCUAUUUGUUUGAUUAGCGGAUGUAUUAAUUAAAUCGCUGCUGUAAUAUGGUUUUCAAGUUGUGAGCAAUGUUGUCUGAUUCGUUUUUCCAUGUGCCCUUGUUGGGUGGUGUUUUUUUGGCUUCUAGGAAGAAUGGUCAACAACAUACGUGUGGUUGAUAACAAACUAUAAGAGGACACUUUUUAAAUUGUCUGUAUAUAUAUUAUUAGCGGCAAUGGUUUGUAUUGCAGCUUCAAAAGGAUUGGUUGCGUAUGGCAUAUAUUGCCAUCAUGUUAAGUGAUAAUGUCGUAUGAAGGUUUGGAAGG